CUACGAAGUACGAAGUAUUGAAGACUGCCCUGGAUAAUGGCUGAUUCCCCUUCCCAAUCCCACCUCGACAUCCAACCGCAUCGACCGCAUCAACCGAAGCGAAUCUAGCAUUCCCUUGAGCGAUGCAUUGUCCCUGGAUAAGUGGGCAGUAAAACAGGCUCCGACAACCGCUCGAAUUAGAAUGCAGGUCCAAGAAGAGAGACGAUCUACCCCCGAGUACUAGGUCAAUUCCGCAUCACCAGGCCCGGGAGGCUUCCAGUGCAGCGUGCCGCCGUGUUAACAGACGGGUCCCUUAAUAUGGACGGGCAAUCUAUUGAGGAACCUGCCCUCCGCCGGGGUUACGGACUAUUUCUAGCCCUGAUCCCCCCCUUUCCAGCCGCCGGCCAUGGUUGAAUGCGGAGGCCGAGUAAACCUAGAGAAAACGCUCUCUCUCGACUGCCAUGAAACCCAUUGCCGCUCUUCUGGUGCUGGCCGGCCUCAGCACUGCUGCUCCGAGCCCAAAUGUCGUCCAAGAUGAGCAGGCUAAACGUGCCGUGUGGCCAAACGGGCCCUUCGUCACAUCUGGCCGCUGGAUCCUCGACGCGACAGGCAAGAAUCUAACGUAUGCCGGUACCAAUUGGCCGGGACACAAUGACGUGAUGAUCCCCGAGGGUCUUCAGUAUCAGUCCAUCGAGACCAUCGUCCAGAAAGUGAAGAGUUUAGGCAUGAACGCUGUCCGCUUGACGUUUGCCAUCCAGAUGAUCGACGAGAUCUACAGCAACGGCGGCCAGGACAUCACAAUUCAAAGGGCUUUCGUCCAGGCGCUGGGACAAGCAAACGGGACUAGGGUGCUCAACCAGGUCCUGGCAAAGAACCCCAGGUUCAAUGCCUCCACGACCCGGCUGCAGGUGUUUGACGCCGUGGCAGAGGAGCUGGCAAAGCAGCAAAUCUACGUGCAUCUGGACAACCACAUCUCCAAGGGCAUGUGGUGCUGCUCCGGCACCGACGGCAACACGUGGUGGGGCGACACGUACUUCUCGACGGCCAACUGGGUGCGCGGGCUGUCGUAUAUGGCCGAGCACGGCAAGUCGUGGAGAGCCUUGGUAUCGAUUGGGCUGCGCAAUGAGCCGCGCGAGCCGACCAACAACCAGGCGCUCAGCCGGUCCGCGUACAACUGGCAGUCCUGGUACGGGUACAUGCGCCAGGGCGCCGAUGCCGUGCACAAGAGCAACCCGGACCUGCUCAUCUUCUUGUCGGGCAUGAACUACGACACGACCCUCACCCCUGUCGUCCAGGGCACGGCGCUGACUCCCGGCAGCGGCCGGUUCAGUUUCGGCGAUUUUCCCGGCUACGCCAACAAGCUCGUGCUUGAGCUGCACAACUACGAGAACAGCAUUGGCAACUGCAACACGCUGCAGAACAACCUCUACCGUAACGGCUUCCAGGCCCUCACCAGCAGCGCCACCAACAAGUUUCCCGUCAUGAUGACCGAGUUCGGUUUCCAGAUGGACGACAGGACCUGGCGCGGUGUGUACGCGAGUUGCUUGGCGAGCUACCUGCCCGCGCAGAAGGCCGGGUGGUUCAUCUGGGUGCUCUCCGGGAGCUACUAUAUCCGGUCGGGCACCCAAGACUUUGAGGAGUCCUGGGGCUUGCUGAAUCACGACUGGAGUGCGUGGAGGAGCCCGAGCUAUGUAAAUGGAGCGCUGCUGGGCAUGGUGAAAAACACAUUGAGUUGAGGGGAUGACUGGAUACGAUUGGUAUCGAUCCAGGACAGGCCAUGGACGUAGGAUAUUUACCUCCUUAACUUGCCCUAUCAGGGUAUUGGAGUUGUAUAAUUGACUCCAUUGGAUUGGUGCAGUAUUCGGUGCCCACAUUGCAUCACUGAUCUUCUGGAGUGUCGGGUGCUAUCCGUAAACGAAGCAGACAGCUAAAUCCACCAAGUCCGCCAGAACUCCGACUGGACAGCGUCCAACCGGAUACACCCCCUCCCUCGCCGCUUAGCAGCCGAAAUGUGAGUUAGACAUUUGGAUAACAAAUUUUUCACAUCAUAUUUGCCAUACCUGGG